GUUCUGCGACAACUCAUGUGUCGGAUGUUCAGCCAAUUGGAUACAUGCCCGGGUUUUGCGACGAAGUUGGGAAGGGGGGCUCUUCCGGGUUUUGAGUGACACACAAACUUGACGGUUCGUCUUCCAUUUACUUUGUAAGUAUGUCCCAGGUUGAGACGCUGGGAGGGAGACCUUGCUUCUUAGAACUUUUGGGUUUUGAGCCAGGAGGAAAUCGGGAAGCGAAGGGGUCACGGUCUUUCGGGGAUCCGAGUCAUCCUUGUGUUCUGGUUACCCUGAGACCUUCUUCCACUUGACUUUUCACUUUUGUUACCAUCGAUACUAUUCUUUGACUUUGAAAGUGCGCGGGUGCUUCACUUCACUUCUUCUGUUUCGUCCGUUUGGCUUUUCGGUCUUUUCUUUUUCUUGUGUUUUACUACAUUGCUGGGCAAUUAUCUACCUACCUACCUACCUACCUACUUACUACACUACGUUCUUUCUUCGAUCAUUGUCGUCGUCGGUCGGUCGAUAACAUUAGGUUCAAGUCGCUGGUUCGAAUACGUACACCGAAACCUAUCUACCCGAUUGACUGUCCCUUCGUUUUCUCUUGGGGGUCGAUCCAGUUCAAUAUAGUUCGGUUCGCAGUUCACGGCACAGUUCAAAUCUGGAAGUCCUCUCGGCCAUUCAUUCAUUCAGUUCAUCGCAACCGCUUCGCUUCUGCUCGCCUUCCAAAAGAAAGAGAGAAAAAAACAUUUACAUCGGCACGGAAACGACCCGAGGACGGCUCCGUCUUUCAACAUCAAGGGAUCCGAGAGAUCAUCAUCAGCCCAUCCAUCUAUCCAUCCAUCCAUCCAUUUUGGGGGCUUUCUUGCCGUCCAGACCAGACCAGACCAGUCCAGAAGACGAACUCAACUCAACUCAACUCAACUCAACUCGACUUGUCCUGUGGAUAUUUGCUUAUCCCGUCAUACCGAGUUGUCAACAAUACGUCAAUUCCCCCCCCAAGUCCGGCUCUCACAAAACCCAAUCAACACAACCCAAUUCAUCCUCUGAUCUCAUCUCAUCUCAUCUCAUCUCAUCUCAUCUCAUCUCCAUCUCAUCUCCAUCUUCCCCCUCUUGAAAAAAAAAAAGCAAAAGAGUGCAAAAAAUGGGCCAAAACCUCUCCCUCUCCGAACCCUUCGCCGACACCUCGGGCGUCGUGCUCUCCCCGCAAGACCGCCACGCCGACAUCAUCGUCGGCAUCACCUGGGCCUGCUCCAUCUACGGCAUGGGCAUCAUUUUCUGCGCCGUCCGGCUGUUGGAGCGGUGGUCCGGCGAACAUGGGGAGCGGGGCGUCGGUUUUGCGGGGGUGGUGGGUGCUUUUCUGUGCGGGAGUGCGUGGCCUUUGGUCUUGGUUUACUUGAUGGUUACGGAGAAGGAGCCGGUGGAAAGAAAAGUGCAGGGGUAUGGGGUUCCUGUUUUGGGAAAGGUUUAGGUUUAGGUUUUUGUAGGUUUUUGUGAGGGUGUGAGGGGGGUCGUGAAGAUGGGAAGAAGGAUGGAAGGACAGGCGGGCGGGCGGGAGAUGGAAGGCGGGCGCUUUGGAUGGGAGUGUGUGUGCAUGGCGAAAGAGAGGAGAGGAUGAUGGAAAGGACUGGAUCUGGUGGGAUGAAGUAGCGAUGGGAAGGGUGCUUUUUCUUUUCUAUAGAAGAGCUGUGAAAGGAUGAAUGAUGAGCGAGGAGUUGGUCGAUGUUCGUGCGUUAUGAGAAUUGUGACUGUAUUCCUGUUAGCGCACAACCGUCUAUAGCACGUCAUAGCGACGCAUUGGGGUGCUUGCCAUUAACAGAAUCCUGAAAGUGAUACUUUGGCUGGGAACGACAAAAGAACUUGGGUUUCGGAGUAUGUUUGGACAUAAAAUCAUAACUCUCGGCAUUCAAAAGGUAAUCCAACAUUGACUAAAAUGAAG